AUGAGUGAUGAGGUGAUUGUUGAGGGGUUGUGUGUGGGGGUGUGUGUUGUGGGGAGUGUAGUGUGGGGGGUGUGUGUAGGGUGUGUGUGUGGGGGUGUGUGUGUGGGUUAUGGUGGUGUGAUGAGUGGGGAGAGAGAUGUGGGGUGUGUGAAUGUGGGGAGUGUUGGGAGUGUAGUGGGGGGGGGAUGUGUGUGGGUUGUGUGGUGUGUGAGGGGGAUGUUGAUAGGAGUUAGGUUAGUGGGGGGUGUGGGGGUGUAUGGGGGUUUGUGUGUUGAAUUGGAAAUUGUUUUUGGGUGGUGUGGUGGGUGGGGGGGGGGGAGGGAUGGUUUGGGGGGGUGGUUGGGUUUUGGGUGGUUAGGGGGGGGUGGGGUGUGGGGGUUAUGGGGGGAUGUGGGGGGAGGGGUUGGGUGUUGGGUGUUGUGGGGUGUGGGGUGGUGGUGGGGGUGGGGUGGUGGGGGGGGGGGGGUGGGGUGUUUGGUAGGGGGGUGGGGUGGGGGGGGGGGUUUGGGGGGAGGGGGUGUGUGGGGUGGGGUUGGGUUGGGGGGAGAUGGGGGGGUGUUUGGAUUGGGUGAUGUGGUUAGUGGUAAUGGGUUUGUGGUGUUGGGGGGGGGUUGGGGGGGUGUUUGGGGGUUUGAGGGGGGGGGUGGUGGUGUGGUGUGGGGUGGGUGGGGGUGGGGGGGGGGGGUGGAUGGGGGGGGGGGGAUUGGGUGGGGGAUGGGGGGGGGGGGGUGGGGGGUAGUGUGUGUGGUGGGGGGUGGUGUUGUUUUUUGGGGGAUUUUUGGUUUUUGUGGGGGGUGGGGGGGGUUUUUUUGGGUGUUGGGGUGGGUGGGGUGGGGUGUUAUGGUUUUGGGGGGGGUUUUGGGGGGGUGUGUUGGGGGGGUGGGGGUGUGGGUUUGGUGGGGGGGUGGGGGGGGGUGGGUUGAGUUGUGUGGGUUGGUUUGGGGUUGUGGGGGAUGUGUUUGUUUGUGGGGGGGGGUGGGAGGUUUGGAUGGUUGGGGUGGUUGGGGGGUGGUGGGGGUUGUUGGGUGUUGUUUGUUUUGGGGGGGGUGUUGGGGGGGGUGGUUGUUUUGGUGGGUGGGGGGGGUUGGUGUGGUGGGUGGGGUUGGGAGUUGGGUGGGGGGUGGUGGGUGUGGGUGUUGGUUAGGAGUUUUGGUGUGGUUGGGGUGGUGGGGGGGGGUGGGGGUUGGGGGGGUGUUGGGUGGGGUUGGUGGGUUAGGGGUGGGGGGGGGGGUGUGUGGUGGAGUGUUGGGGGGGGUGGGGGGUGGGUUGGUGUGGGGGUGUGUGGUGUGGGGUGGGGGGUUGGUGGUUGGGGGUUGGGGGUGGGGGUUGGUGGGGUUGUGUGUGGGGGGGUUUGGGGGGGGGGGGUGGUUGGGGGGGUGUUUGGUUUGGGGGUGGGGGGGGGGGGUGUGGGGGGGGGUGGGGGUUGGGGGUGUGUGGGUUGUGGGGGUGUUGGUGGGGUGUGUGUUGGUGUUGUUGGUUGGGGGGGGGGUGGUGGGGGGGUGGUUGGUGUGUGUUGUGGGGGGGGGGGGGGGGGUGUGGGGGGUUGGUUGGUGGGUUUGUGGGUGUGGGGGGGUGGUUGUGGUUUGGUGUGAUGUGGGGUGGGGGGGGGGGGGUGGGGGGGUGAGGGGGUGGGGGUUUGUGUGGGGGUGUUUGGUGGGGGGGGGGGGGGGGGUAUGGGGGGGGUUGGAGGGGUUUUGGUGGGGUGGGGUGGUUGGGGGUGUUUGGGUGGGGUGUGGGGUGGGUGGGGGGGGGUUGUGGGGGGGUGUGGGGGUUGGGUGGGGGGGUUGUGGGGGGGGGGGUGUGGUGGGUGGGUGGGGGGUGGUUGUGGGGGGGUGGGGGGGGGGGGGGGGGGUGGGUGGGUGGGGUGGUGGGGUUAGGGGGUUGGGGGGGGGGGUGGGGGGGGGUUGGGGGGGGGGGUGGGGGUGGUUUGUGGGUGUGGGGGGGGGUGGGGGGGGGGGUGGGGGGGGUGUUGUGGUGGGGGGUUUUGGUUUGGUGGGUGUAGUGGGUUUGGGGGGGGGGGGGUGGGUAGGUGUGGGGUGGUUUUGGGGGUGUGGUGGGGUGGGUGGGGUUUGGGGGGGGGUGUUUGUUUGGGUGGGUAUGGGGUAUUGUGGUUUGGGGUGGGGGGGGGGGGGGGUUUUGUUUUGUGGUGUGGGGGGGGGUUGUUGGGGGUGGGGGGGUGUGGUUUUGGGGGAUUGA